AUGGCUGCAAACACCAAUGUUCAAUCAAGCCUGCCUAACAAUUCACCCACUGGUUCCUACUUGGAGAUUCGUUCUUUGUCAAGUAGUGACAAUGGCUGGACUGCUGUUGACUUCCCCGUCUCGAGACAUUCCCUCGGCUCCUAUGUCGAGGCCAACAACAAUGCUGUCUUCAACCCCGGCCAAACUUUGCACAUUCGCAGUGCAAGUGACUCUUCGAAUGACGAUGCCAGUUCUGCGCAGUUGUCGAGUAGCUACGAAGAGAUUCCGUUCCCUCUGUUCUCACCUGUCUCGGAUGGCUUCAGCACUGGUGAUUAUGUUCAGCACAGAUCGCAUCAUUCCAGAAACUUCUCAUCCGACUAUGAACAUGACUACCUGUCUCACUCCACCUCUUCGUCGCCGUUGGCAAGUCCUGCUGAUGGUACUCGCCCUUCUACUUCUCAGGCCGUCCAGACUUCUACCAUCUCAUCCAACGCCUCAAGCCCAGUGUCACCUCCUUUGAGAAAGCGGAAGACUCCUACUAACGCUCUCGCCAAGACUACCAAGUCUGCUAUUAAGAAGGCCAGCCCUCCGGCUCGCAAGGACGGUGCUCCCGAGAAGCGAGUCGGCAAGAGAAAGGGUCCUCUCCGUGCCGAUCAGCGUCAGCAGGCUCAUGAAAUCAGAAAGCUCCGUGCCUGUCUUCGUUGCAAAUUCCUCAAGAAGACUUGCGAUAAGGGCAACCCUUGUGGCGGUUGCCGUCCUUCGCAUGCUCGUCUCUGGCAGGUCCCUUGCACUCGCAUUGACAUCAAGGAUAUUGGUUUCUUCAUGAAGGACUGGAAAGCUGACUACGAACGUCAUGUAAAUCUUGGCGUCUCUGCUGCCAACAUCAAGGGUUUCUCUCCUAACGAGCGCACUGUUUACAUUACCCACGGCUACGGAUAUCUGUUGCCUAUCAACGUUCGCGAGGUCUAUGUCCGUGAUGACUCUUGCUUCAACAUUGACUGGUCCGAAAAGAUCACCGACCCAGUCCAAUUCGAGGCACAUACCGCCAAGCUGUCGGCAGGUAUGGAGGGUAUUUCAGCUUCGAGUCUUUCGGACUACCUAGACUGCCAUCUCGACAAUGGUUUCGAGUCAUUUGUUGAUGGUUAUUUCGAAGGCACACCCUUCUUGACCGAGAUGCUUAAGACUGCUUACCACUACUGGGUCAAGUCCAAGUCCUUAGUGAUUCGUAAAGCGCUCAAGUUGGUCCUCGCAUACAACUUGACUCUUCACAUCACUAUGAUCGAAGGUCUUUCUGAGGAAGAGGCCAAUAUUGGCAAGAUUGAGGACGAGGAUAGCAAGUUCUGUGGCAAGACUGUUGCACCUGGCAUGAUCAACUUCCAGGUCAAGAUUGCCCUGGCAGAUAUGUGGCGAGAGCUUCAGAAGGAUGUACUGGAGGAGCUCUCGGCACUUUACUCUUCCGUCUAUAGUGGAGAAAAGCUGAAGAACUGGCCAACAAUCUUCAUGCUUGCAGCAAUCUUGCUGGCUGUGUGGGAAGAGAUGCAGUUUGACGCACACUACCGUACACCCGACGAGACGGCUGUCAACCAAUUCUGCAAUGACAUGGAGAGCACUCCUGUUGGUGUCAUUGUCGGCCUGUUCCAAGCCAUCAGCCAGAAGUUGCCUAAUUUCAUGGACUGGGACACUCGCAGCCAUCACCAACUUCUCAACUCUGACCCUGCCAUUUGUGAUGCUUUGACUGAAGUCAAAGAGCAUGUUACCAAGCAUGAAAAAUAUCUCCGAUCAAGAUCGGAUGCCAAGUUUGACCGCAACGACUUUGACUGUCUGUCGAACAAGUUCCUGGCUAGACUUGUCAUUCGUGCAAGCUAA